AUUUGGAAGUUGGGAGGCAUCAUCUCAAUCAUAAAUUCAAGUAUUGUGCUAAGAAACUAUCUCCACCAAAGCAAAGAGAACUUUGUACGAUAAUGGUUAGCUUUGCAACUUACUUAUUCAACCCUUCUUAUCACCUCAAAAUGGCUCACUAUUUGCUCCUCUGGUUUUUGGCCUCUUCAUAUCUACACACUAGUGUGAACUCAUGCAUCGACGAAGAAAGACGUGCGCUUCUCACCUUCAAAGAAGACGUUACUGAUCCUUCCGGGAGGCUUUCUUCGUGGGUUGGACUUGACUGCUGUCAGUGGAAGGGAAUUUCAUGCAACAACAUCACGGGUCGUGUUGAAAUGAUGAAUCUCCAGAAUGCGUAUAUGUAUACGCUUUCUGCUUUUGAUGGAGAGUGGGACGAGAUGGAGUACUCUUCUUUGGGUGGUAAGGUAAAUCCUUCUUUGCUUAGCUUGAAACAUUUGAAUUACCUAGACCUAAGCAGGAAUGAUUUUCGAGGGAUUUCCAUUCCCGAGUUCUUUGGUCAGAUUAAAAGUUUGAGGUAUCUCAAUCUCUCAUCUGCUUCAUUUGGAGGAGAGAUUCCACCUCAUCUUGGUAAUUUGCCAAACUUGAACUAUCUUGACCUUGGCGAAGAAUCUGAAUACUCCUUGCUUGAACUCCCUUCCGAAAACCUGAAUUGGCUUUCUCGUCUCUCUUCCCUAAAGUACCUCAACCUCAAAGGACUGGACCUCAGCAACACCGGGGUAAAUUGGCUAAAUGUUGUCAACAUGCUUCCUUUCCUAGUAGAGUUACAUUUGUCAUCAUGCCAAAUUCAAAGCCUUCCACCACCAGGGAAUAUUAGCCUUGCAUCACUUUUGAUCCUUGAUGUGUCAUUCAACGAUUUGAAGUUUCCGUUUCCUGAAUGGUUUUUCAAUCUGACUAACCUCAGAAAACUUGAUUUAAGGGGAAAUUCUUUGAGUGGUCCCUUUCCAAUUGAAUUUGAAAGCCUCAAAUCACUUGAACACCUUGACUUAUCUUUCAAUAGCCUCAAGGGUCAAGUUCCGAAACUUCGUGGGAGUUUUUGCAAUCUAAAGAUCUUAAAUCUUGCACAGAACCAGUUUGAUGGGGGGAUUCAAGAGCUUUUGGGUGGUUUAUCAAGUUGUCCCAAUAGUGUUUUAGAGUCACUCGAUUUGUCUUCUAAUAUGUUGAAUAGCCAAUUGCCUGCUUCUUUAGGGAUGCUACGCAAUUUGAAGUUUCUUACCCUCUACAAUAAUAAUAUGAAUGGAUCAAUUCCUGAAAGUUUAGGGCAACUCUCUCAGCUAGUUCAUCUCGAUCUAUCGUUCAAUCCGUGGGAAGGCUUUUUAACUGAAUCCCAUUUCAUAAAUCUCACAAGAUUGAAAUACUUUGCAGUAGGCAGAGUAGAUCCAAACCCAAUUCUACCUAUUCCCCUCACUUUUAAAGUGUCUUAUGAUUGGGUUCCUCCUUUCAUGCUUCACAAAAUUAACAUUGGCUACUGUAAAGUAGGUCCUGCCUUUGGGGUAUGGCUGCAGUCUCAAACUAAACUCCUUUUUGUCAAACUUCGUGCUACUGGAAUCUCGGAUUCCAUACCUGAGGACUGGUUCUUGAAGAUAUCUUCCCAAGCUCAGUACUUGGAUUUAUCUUACAACCAAAUCCAUGGAAAACUUCCACUCCAAUUGAAAUUCUCAUAUGCACUGAUUUUGGAUUUGAGUCAUAACCAAUUUCAUGGGCCAUUACCACUUUGGUCGGGUGACAAUGUGGUUCGAUUUAAGCUUGAAAUGAAUUCAUUUUCCGGGCCAAUCCCAUGGAAUUUGGACCAAAAGUUUCCCAAAUUGGAAUCACUGUAUCUUGCAGAAAAUCAUUUGAACGGUACCAUUCCGCCCUCCAUUUGCAACAUGAGAAACUUGUUAGUCCUUUCUCUAAGAAGCAAUCAGUUAUCUGGAGAAUUCCCACGAGAAUGGAGUUUGUUGCCUGACAUACUGAUUCUAGAUGCUGCAUACAACAAUCUCUCAGGCAAGCUUCCUAGUUCAAUGGGUGCCUUGGGUUCUCUUUUCUUGUUGAAGAUGAACAACAAUAAUCUCGAAGGUGAAAUUCCUCUUUCCUUGGAAAACUGCACUUCUUUGAGGAACAUUGAUCUUGGGGACAAUAAAUUUACUGGGAAAAUACCUUCAUGGAUAGGAUUGAAUGCGCCGUUUGUGUCAAUCCUAAGACUGAGGUCGAAUUUUCUAAGUGGACAUAUCCCACAAGAGUUGUGUAAUCUCGAGAACCUCCACAUCUUAGACCUUGCUCUCAACAGAUUUUCAGGGACUAUUCCCAAGUGCCUGAAUAAUGUCACUGCUCUGAAGGUUGCUUAUUACAGUGCUUAUAACAUAUAUCUGGAGUACGAUCAACAAACAACAGUGAUGAAAGGAAGAGAACUCCAGUAUAACACAUCUCUGAUGUUUGUAAAAAGCAUUGAUCUUUCUGCAAACAACCUUGAAGGUGAAAUCCCUGAAGAAAUAAGCAGCCUUGUCCUGCUGCACAACUUGAACUUAUCAAUGAAUCAAUUAAGUGGAGACAUUCCCUUGGAGAUUGGAAAGUUGGUGCAGCUCGAAAAUCUUGAUCUCUCGCUCAACCAACUUUCGGGACAGAUUCCUCAGAGCCUUUCACACUUGACCUUCUUGUCUUACUUGAAUCUGUCGUAUAACAACUUGAGUGGUAGAAUUCCUUUGGGUAACCAGCUGCAAACACUGCCCGAAUCCAUUUACGAGGGCAACCCGUUACUCUGCGGGUUUCCUCCUUCUAUUGCAUGCUUGGAAGGUGGCAAUCCGACAACCAAGGAUCCAAAAGACAAUGACAAUGAAGAUGGACAUGAUGAGUUGUGGUUCUUUGUUAGCAUGACACUUGGCUUUAUCGUAGGCUUUUGGAGCGUUUGUGGCACAUUAUUUUUGAAGAAGUCAUGGAGGCAUGCUUAUUUUCAAUGGUUUGAUGCCAUCAAGGAUAAGGCAAUGUUGCGAUUGUAGUUGAAGUGACUCGUUUUCAAAGGAACUUUUGAUUGAAAUAGAAAAUAGAAGUAGUUCUUGAAAUCAAGGUAUUUGAAUAUGUAUGUAAUAAGUUAUCAGUACAUUUUAAGUUUUAACACUACGUCGAGUUUCUUGUAUACAAUAAGUUAUCAGUAAAUUCUGAAUGGAGUAUAUCCUAGUGUUUGUUUUGCAA